GAGAUGGUUGAAUUACUUCAAGUUGUUUUUCCAAGAAUGUUUGAUUCGCAUAAAACCUCUACUAAACAAAAUUGCUCACAGAACAAUGUGGUAGGUGCAAGAAGCUGUGGGAGAAUUGUCUGGGAAUUAUGUAUUUCAAUGUGGCUUGUAGGGGUACGGUAAGUUAUGCCACUCUAAACAAUGCAGAAUUGGAAGGUACCCACCAUUACCACAGGUAUGUUUAUAAUGCAAAUUUGCCUGCUUUCCAAAUUAUCAAAUCAGCUUGGCACUCGUAAAAUUAUAAAUAUGGCAAUAACAUUCAUAAUAAAAACUAAUAAAAAUAAUACAGUGUCGCUGCUGCUAAGUCUUUAUUCUAGAAUCCAAUGCAAUACCUUGUCUUCAACAAAAACUCUCAAACUAGACUGUACUGCAUUUAGAAAUGGAGAUGAAUUCUUAGUAAGAAAACUCUGCAAGCAAGGACGAUUGAAAGAAGCCAUGCACAUUUUGCUGGCUAUGGAUGAAAGAGGCUCUAGGGGUUGCUCAUCUACUUAUGAUUAUCUUCUGCAGGAGUGCCUUAAAACUAAAUCCCUUGCAGAUAGUAAAUUAGUUCAUGCCCACAUGAUUGAAACACAAUUUCAGUGCCAAGACAUAUCGCUGGAGAAUAAGCUUGUGAGCAUUUAUGCCAAAUGGGGCGAUCUUGAAGAGGCUCGGAGGGUGUUUGAUGGAAUGCCCAAGAGAAAUGUGGUGUCAUGGACUGUCAUGAUUGCAGCUUAUGCGAGGCAUGGGUUAUGUGACGAGGCCUUGACACUGCUAUAUCGAAUGCAAGGAGGAGAAGGUAUUCAACCCAAUCAGUUUACUUUUGCCAGUGUUUUGCCGGCAUGUCAAAAUAUUGAAGUGUUGAAGGAGAUCCAUGGUGAGGUUGUUAGGCUUGGAUUUGAUUCUAAUGUGUUUGUGGGGAACGGGCUUGUGGAUAUGUACGGGAAGUGUGGUCAAAUUGAGGUUGCUCGGCAAAUGUUUGACAAAAUGCCUCUUCGAGAUGUAGUAUCGUGGAAUGCAAUGCUUGCAGGAUAUGUGCAGAAUGGACUUGUUGAAGAGGCAAUAAAAUUGUUUGGGGUAAUGCCUGAGAGGGACGUGUUUUCGUGGAAUACAAUGAUUGCAGGUUAUUUACAGGCAGGAGAUGUUGAGAAGGCUUAUGCACUGUUUGAGGCCAUACCCCAACGGAAUAUUGUUUCAUGGAAUACUAUGAUUGCAGGGUAUGCACAGAAUGGAUUCAUUGAUAAGGCUUUCAGACUCUUUGAAAUAAUGCCUGAACGGAAUGUGAAGACAUGGAAUUCGUUGAUUACGGGAUAUGCAAACAAUGGCCUAAUCGAAGAGGCUUUGCAGUUGUUUCAGUCGAUGCCCGAUUGUAAUGUGAUCUCGUGGAAUGCCAUGAUUUCAGGAUAUGCACAGAAUGGGCAUGGUGAGGAGGCCUUGGAGCUCUUUAGACAGAUGCAGCUAGCAGAAGUGAAACCGGACUCGGAUACUUUUGUUGUUGUUCUCCCAGCUUGUUGCACUUUUGCAUCUCUAGAAGAGGGAAAAGAGGUCCAUGGAGUUUUAAUUAAAAAUGGGUUUGAGAUUGAUGUCCUUGUAGGAAAUACUCUUGUAGGUAUGUAUGCAAAAUGUGGGAGCAUAGAGGAUGCACACAAGAUGUUUGAUAAAAUGCUUCAACGAGAUGCUGUCUCAUGGUCUGCAAUUAUCGUAGGUUGUGCAAUGCAUGGAUGUGCCAAGGAGGCCCUAGAACUAUUUGAAAAUAUGCAAUUGUCUGGCAUUAAUCCAAACCAUGUUACCUUUAUUGGUGUCUUAUCUGCAUGCUGCCAUUCUGGUCUAGUAGAUCAUGGAUGGCAAUGUUUCAAUAGUAUGAGUCAAAUUUAUCAUAUUACUCCUACAAUGGAACACUAUGGCUGCAUGAUAGACCUUCUUGGCCGUGCGGGGCGCUUGGAUGAGGCACAAAUCUUGAUUAACAAAAUGGCAAUCAAACCUGAUGCUGAUAUGUGGGGGUCUUUGCUUAGUGCGUGUAAAAUCCAUACCAAUAUCGAGCUAGCUGAAUGGGCAGCAAAAGAGCUUUUUGAGUUGGAUCCGCAAAAUCCCGCAACUUUUGUCAUACUAUUCAACAUCUAUGCAGAAGUUGGCAGAUGGGUUGACAUGGAAAGGGUGCAAAAAAUGAUGAAAGAUAAGAAAGUCAAAAAGAAACCUGGAUGUAGUUGGAUUGUGGUCGACAAAAAAACACAUGCUUUCCUCGUAGGGGGAUAGAUCAGAGUUGGGAAUGCCAAAAACUUGGGAGCGUUAGAGAGAUUAUGCCCGGGAAGACGCAUCAGUGUCUGUCCCCAAUAUAAGAUUUUGACUAUUGAUGUUUGUGGAGCAAAGAAAAAAAAUUCUUCUUCACCACAGCAAAAGCUAGCUGUUGCAUUUAGAUUUAAAGACAAAACCCCUAGAGCAACUAUACAGAUAGUGAAGAACUUCAGAGAAUGUGGUGACUCCUCUACAAUCAAAUUGGUUUCCAAAUCAGUUGAAUUAAAGAAUCCAAACAGAUGGCAGUUUUUUCCAUUAGAUUGAUAUUGUAUCCUAUUCUUGCAUAGAUUAUUGGUGAUACCGAGUGAAAGAAGCUGGAAACUCAGGUUUGCGUUGUCGUAAAACUUCUGUUAUCAGUUUAGUGAUUAAGUUUAUUCUGUAAAUGUGACUGGCACUAUGGUCAAUCGUGGAAGAGCUUGCCUAAAUCUUAAAUUAUUCUCAGGAAUACCGAAAGUCCAAAGCAUAUAGUAGUUGGGUUUUAAAAAUUGAAGAAGACAACAAAUGCAAAAAGGACAGUUGAAAUCAAUUAUCUAUCUAAUUCAUAAUAUACAUGAGCUUUGUGACAACGCGAGAUCAAGGUUUUAGCUUCAUUCAUCUGGUGUUGUCAUUAUCCCUUCAGGAACAGUGUACAGUCCGUAAAUGUGUAUGACUGUUGAAUUGCUUCCCUAAAAUCAUUCCCAAAGUGCCAAAUUACAAUUAAAGAGUUCCGUGGAUGUAUUUCAGAACUGGAAAAGAAACAGAACAGCAAAAGGAACGAAGCAAAUCCUUGAAAUUAUUGUAACCGUUGAAAAAUCAAUGUAAGGUAAAGUUGCAUUGAAAUGGAGGAGACAAUAAGAAGUGUUUAAAUGCACCGAUUUUAGGCAUUGCCCAAUCUCAUUAGUGCUUUAGGUCUGAAACACACAUAUGCAGUCAUGCAAUAGAUUAUAGGACCAAACAUUUAUAUAUGGCUAGGCACUUCUUUGGGCUUUGCUACUGAAUUGAUAUGCAAGGAUGAAAGUUUUUAAGGUCUGGUGCAAAACACCUUUAACAGUAUUCCUUCAAAUUUCUCAACUUUAACAUAUGUCAGUCUAUAGGAAUCAUGUAGAAUCUUCAUCACCCUAUUUCCCAGUGUUUUGUUAAAGCAGGGCAUUCAGUUUAGUGGUGGUUGAGCAGUGGGGAUAGCCAAUUUGGUAUAGGAACAUGCAAUUCUAGCAUGCAGUCGACUGAUUGGUGGUAUGGGUGUUAUCCUAUUAGACAAGACCUGUAGUGACUGGCAUCCGUAUCCCGAACUGCCUACACUUGUUGCCCGCAUUCAAAUUACUCCCUCAUUCAUUUGCACAGAAGGUGAAUUGGAAUCACGGGAACUAUUUUAAAGAUGGAAACAAAUAUGACCAGCAUUUAGCAUACAGAUAUUUAUAUCUGGGACAAGUUUAAUUGACAUAUAACAUCGAUGUAACAUAGAAGAGAUUUGGACUAAGAGAGGCAAUGCAUACUUUUGGAAAAUGAUACCAACAUCAAUGUAUAUGCCUAUGGAAAAAACUGAUACAAAGCAGUUUUUGUUGUUCUCAUAUAAUUAUUCUCUUCUAAUUUCAAUGUAUUGGGCUUACUUCAGUUUGGAGGAAUUUUAAAGUUAUCUGUUGAUCUCUUAUGCAUCCACAGAAGAGACGUUUCUCUUCAAUAAUUCUUGAGGAAAUUGGUUUCGUCCUUGUUGAUGCUGCUUAUUACACAAGUUGUUCUACCAAGGCAAGUUUUGUACAUCCAAAUUGUUAUAAGUGGGCAUCCAGUAUUUUGGCAUUGAUAUGUUGAUCAUAGCAUAGGCUUUCAAAUCCGCAGAAGUAUUCCACUCCCCGAAGUCAUAAAUAACCCCGAGUACUCACCAUCGGC